UAGGAAUAGAAUAUGUAUUCCCUAUUCUUUGCUUUGGUUCAAAAGUUAAAUGAGGAAUAGAUAUUCUGUGGAAUACCAAUUCCAUGGUUUAUGUGGAAUAUUCAUUCCCCCCAAAAAUCAAAGAAUUGCUAUUCUUUAGACCUAAAAAUAUGUCAUUUACAAUUUUACCCUCAAAAUAUAGACAGAAAAAAACUUGAAAUCCCGAUAAGAAAAAAGAGGAUCUGUUUCUAUUCGUUUUUUUUGUCAUCGUUCUCUGUUAUUCAUGUUAAUUUCUCUGGUCUCUGGUUCAUCUUCUUCGUUCAUACAAAGAAACUGAAGCUUUUAUCAAGUUGUAGAUCUGAGUUAAGUAAUGUCUCGAUUGAGUUUGCUUCGUAAUAAAGAAAAGAGAAAGAAAACUGUUGCUAUUUUAACUGUAUGGCUGCAAAUGAAUGUAAUUGCAAAUUGGUUUUUAACCAUGGCAGGUGUAGCUUUGUCUAGUCAUAGGAUCAAACCUAAAGUUACUUAUGAAGUAAGUUCGUAUCUAAAACGAGAAUAUAUUAGAAGACUUGUUCAUAAUAAGGACACUACUUGCACUAGUGAAUUAAGGAUGAAUAGAAGAGCAUUUUAUAAAUUAUGUGAGAUGUUAGAAAAUAUUGGAGGCUUGAAACCAACAAGAUUUAUGCUUGUGGAUGAGCAAGUAGGGCUGUUUUUGCACAUCCUUUCACAUCAUCAAAAAAAUAGAACUAUCCUCACUAACUUUCAAAGGUCAGGAGAGACUGUAAGUCGAUGUUUUCACAAGGUGUUGGAUGCCACUAUGCGUUUGCAAGGUCAUUUAUUUAAAAAACCCAAGCCUGUUCUUGAAAAUUGUGACGAUGAACGAUGGAAGUGGUUUAAGAAUUGUCUUGGAGCCUUGGAUGGGACAUAUAUAAAAAUUAAAGUGCUAGCGGUGGAUAGAAAUAGAUAUCGAUCGCGUAAAGGAGAUAUUGCCACAAAUGUUUUAGGAGCAUGUACAUCAGACAUGCAAUUUACUUAUGUCCUUCCUGGUUGGGAAGGAUCAGCGGCUGAUGGCAGAGUACUUCGAGAUGCUAUAAGUAGGAGAAAUGGACUUAAAGUACCACAUGGUUGCUACUACUUAGUUGAUGCCGGAUAUGCAAAUAGUGAGGGAUUUCUUGCACCAUUUAGGGGACAAAGAUAUCAUUUAAGUGAGUGGCGUGAAGGUCGUUAUGCAAGAAGUGCGGAAGAAUUCUACAAUAUGAAACACUCGGCUGCUCGUAAUGUUAUUGAGCGUUGUUUUGGAGUACUUAAACUGCGGUGGGGUAUUCUUAGAUGCGCAUCUCACUAUCCAGCAAGAACUCAUAAUCGGAUCAUCAUUGCUUGUUGCUUGCUUCAUAAUUUCAUUAGGAUGGAGCAUGAAUUUGAUCCAUUUGAGGCUGAAAUUAAUGAGACAAGUGAUAAUAAUGUCAUAGAAGAUGAUCCAAUUAUUGCAAUUGAACCAUCCGAGGCUUGGACAACAAUGAGAAUGGAGUUGGCUAAUGAAAUGUUUAAUACAUGGAAAGCUUCAAGGAAUUAAGAUUGUUGCUUGCUUCUUUAGUUUGUUAAUUCUUUGUAGUUAGAAAGAAUAGGUUGGAACUAAUGUUACACAAAAACUUCUGGAUACUUUACUUAUUUAUAAUCUGUUAUUAUAUAAAAUAUGGUUUCUGUUUCAUCUCUA